UCCAAGUCGCCAGGGCGCAGCGGCGGAGCCGUGGCGAGGCUAGCGCUUUGUUCCGCGGUUGGGUCUCGCGCCCUCGGGCGCGCGCAUCUCAGGGACCUGCGGGUGCGGCUCUGCCCCAGGCCCGCGGCAGAGGAGCAGGCGCGAUCCCGUGCGCCCCGAAGCAUUCCCGGGACCCGCCAGGCCAGGCCCCCAGAGACGACAGCUGCGGCGCUUCGAGACACAAAGACCAGUGGGAUGUGGAAGCAAAUGGGGAGCCGGCAAAGGGAAAGCGAAAGCCGCGGGCCCGGUCAGUGACUGGGUGAAGGCGCCGCGCCGCCCUCCCCACGCCGGCGGUACCCGGGCCUGCCCUUGUGAGCCUUCCUGGCCCAGCCCUUGUGAGCCUUCCUGGCCCAGCCCCGUGCGCCGCAGCCAUGGCCAUUGCUCACCUGGCCACCGAGUACGUCUUCUCAGACUUUUUGCUGAAGGAGCCCUCGGAGCCCAAGUUUAAGGGGCUGCGGCUGGAGCUGGCCGUGGACAAGAUGGUCACGUGCAUCGCUGUGGGGUUGCCGCUGCUGCUCAUCUCGCUGGCCUUCGCACAGGAAAUCUCGAUUGGUACCCAGAUAAGCUGCUUCUCCCCCAGUUCUUUCUCGUGGCGUCAGGCCUCCUUCGUGGACUCUUAUUGUUGGGCAGCCGUCCAGCAGAAGGACUCCUUGCAGGGUGACUCUGGAAACCUUCCAUUGUGUCUGCAUAAGUUUUUCCCCUACAUCCUGUUGCUGGUGGCGAUCCUGCUGUACCUUCCCUCCCUGUUCUGGCGUUUCGCAGCUGUUCCUCAUCUUUGCUCAGAUUUGAAAUUUAUCAUGGAAGAACUUGACAAAGUUUACAACCGCGCAAUUAGAGCUGCAAAGAGCGUGCGUGACCUUGACUUGAGAGACGGUGCCUGCCCAGCUCGAGAAGUUAAUGAGAACCUGGGGCAAAGUUUGUGGGAGAUAUCGGAAAGCCACUUCAAGUACCCAAUUGUGGAGCAGUACUUAAAGACAAAGAAAAACUCCAAAACUUUAAUUGUCAAGUACAUCAGCUGUCGGGUGCUGUCACUCAGCAUUAUACUGUUAGCAGGCGUCUACCUGGGCUAUUACUUUAGCCUCUCCUCCCUCUCGGAUGAGUUCAUCUGCAACAUCAAAUCUGGCAUCCUGAAAAAUGACAGCUCUGUCCCCGAUCGGUUCCAGUGCAAACUCAUUGCCGUCGGCAUCUUCCAGUUGCUCAGUUUCAUCAACCUCGUGGUGUAUGUCGUGCUGGCUCCCCUGGUGGUCUACACGCUGUUUGUUCCAUUCCGACAGAAGACGGAUGUUCUCAAAGUGUAUGAAAUCCUGCCCACUUUUGAUGUUCUGCAUUUCAAGUCAGAAGGGUACAACGACUUGAGCCUCUACAUUCUUUUCUUGGAGGAGAAUAUUAGUGAACUCAAGUCGUACAAGUGUCUUAAGGUUCUGGAGAAUAUUAAAAGCAGUUGUCAGGGCAUUGACCCCAUGCUUCUUCUGACAAACCUUGGCAUGAUCAAGAUGGACGUGGUUGAUGGCAAAAAUCCUGAGCCCGUGGAGAUGACGGCAGAGGAGCAGGGGGACCAGACGGCAGAUCUCAAAGAUUUGAAUGUACACAAUGGAACGAAAAUAAAUAAUGGAGAGCAGAAUGCUCGACAGAGACUUCUGGAUACUUCUUGCUGUUGAUUUUUUCCCGUGAACUUCAGAUCAGCAACCUGGGCAACAUGGGAUUCAUUUUGGCUGAAGAACCUCUGGCAGGUACCCAGCUGGUUCACAGUAGAUGGUUCUCAGCAGAGAUACUGAGUAUGUCUUACUGAGUCCCUGGUGAAAACGAUGGUCAACAAAACGUUGUGGAGGAUGGUUCAUGCAAUUCCUAUGAGACAACGUGGAGACAAGUAAGCCACAGCAAACGUAGAUGUGUACGUCAUCGUCAGACGGAAAGUGGAAAGACUAAUCCUAGUAAGAGUAACAGACCUUUUAGUGCCUCAGAGAAAAACACCUUUAUGUACAGAUGGUGCAAUGAGCCUCAGAGCUACUGGAAAGCAAGGACUUUGGGAGUAUUUUUUGGGUUUUUUUUAUGAAAUAAUAAUAAACAUGUCAGGGUAUAAUUUAAUAUGAAUCUUGUCCAUGUCCUAGUGACCGUUGGAUGAGAAAAAUAUUCACUCGCUGACUGUGGACCCAUAGGUGGAUCUGCUCCUGGCAGUAUCCUACAUUAGAAGAAUUGCCGGAGACUCGACUGUCGUACACCGGGCUCUGGACCCUGCUACCUGUCAACCUUGACCAACUGAGGUCCUCUAACCACUAUGUGAUGCCCUCGGCUGCAAAGGGCAGCGGACCCAAGUGCUGCUCUGGCUGAGAACUUUGUUAAUAAGAUAGCAUCGAAAGGAUAUUGUGACUUCCAUACAGGAGAGAAUGCUUCUGAAAGAGCCCAGUGGGGAAAGCUGAGCAUACAGAACAAGUUAAUCCAAUCACUUUGGAAGAGGUUGUCUGCAGGGAAGUCCUCUGUAGUCAAAAGCAUUUGAGACAGGAUGUUACUUAAACAAAUUCACAGAACACAGAAGGCUUAAAGUGAGGGACAUUUUGCCUAUUACAAUCAGAACGUAUAAAUGACAUCUGCCACAUGGGUGUGCUUGGAGCCAGAGCAACUUCGCAGUUUAUUUAUAUUUAAGAACAUCUUUUAAAAAUUCGUUUAAAUUUAGAAUCGUGUGCGCCUGCCGAUGCAGGAGACACGGGUUCGUGCCCCGGUCCGGGAAGAUCCCACAUGCCGCGGAGCGGCUGGGCCCGUGAGCCAUGGCCGCUGAGCCUGCGCGUCUGGAGCCUGUGCUCUGCAAUGGGAGAGGCCACAACAGUGAGAGGCCCGCGUACCACACACACACAAAAAAUUUAGAAUCGUGUGAUGUCAAAAUUGAGGCCAUUCGGGAAGAACAUUCUAGCAUUGAUGGGGAAUUAUAGAAUAAAUGUUACAAAUGGGUAUAUAGUGUAUCACCCAAGCAUUGUUUCAUAAACAUUUAAGGCUGACCCAGAAUAUCAAAAACCUUUUUCCAAUUCUGAUCAUGUAAAUAGAUCCUAACUAUGUUUACAUUUUAUACAAAAUUCUUAAAAAUGACAUCUGUGGACCUCCCUGUUUUUAUUCUUAGAAAGUUAAUACAUUGCUUAGUGAAUAAUCCUCAGGAGCUUCAAAGUUUAUGGAUGGCUCUUAGGGACAGUUGUUUACCUAAUCUAAUUACAUAAGCUGCUCUCCACCUUUCAGAAUAUUCACAAAAGCAGAUUUUUUUUGUGCUUCUGUGAUGGUUUCUGAGAUGGAAAGCUAAUGAUAAAUAUCCAGGAUGCAAUCGGUGUUUUAAAUUAUUCUUACUGCAUAAUAUUCAUUACCAUUGAAUAAUAGUGUGACUUAGAAAUGUCAGUAACCUAAAUUAUUAAUUUUGCUGCAUUUUUAUAUCACUAUAUCUGGGAUGUUAUAUGCAGUUCUCUACACUGGUUUCUUUUUAUAAUUUGAAAAUUUUCUGAAAUAUAUUUUUCUGUGCUAUCCUUUUUUUUUUUUUCAAAAAGCCUCAACUUCUUUAUAGAUAGCCCCUAAUUUAUAGUUUGAAGUGGUAAAAGUAGGUACAUUAUUUUAGGAGACCAGGGACUCUCUAAGACCUGUCACAUGUAAUUCUUUAAUUAGAGCCCUUAACCUCUGCAUCCCCCCAUCCCUACUCUCUGAGUUCCAAAAACAUCUAUGACGUCCCGGACAUCACGCUAGUGACUGGCUAUAAGGAUGUGAAUAAGGCAGGUUCUCAUCUUUGAGGAGUUUAGAGACUAAUAAAAGCCAGUGAAGACAGAGGCAGGUAUCUAAAGGAAGAGUGACCACACUGAAGGCCCUUCCAGAAAACUCCCAGCAAAUGCUCUGUGUUCUCAGGAGACACCAUAUUGUUUUUCUCUUUCCCAUCAUUUCUGUAGCUGAUGGUUUCGAGAGUCUAGUUACAGUUCUUCCCAGAGGUUCUUUAGCCACGUAUCCCCCAGGCUGAAGCUUAAACAAAACAAUAACACAGAUGGUGAUUUUGAACAGAAAGUGCUCCAAUCACCUUUUGUACCUUACUUGCAGGGUUUGGGGAACCCAAGCCUUGGGGUACUUGAUGCUGUCCAUGAAUAGUCAUGGCACUAAGAGUCUGAUGUGGAUGUCUGAUCAUACAUUUGGGCUUGAGAAAAAGUGUUAUUAGGAAAGUUAACUCCUCCAUCCACUGCUGGCUUAGAGGGAGGACUACUUUUGAGGUGGCAGAUUUCCAAGGAUGAGGAGUCAUCAUUGCUUUACAAAAGGGGGCAGACAGAUCCUCAGUGACCACCGCCAGUAGUUGCUGACUUUGUUUCUGGCCUGUAUCUUCCUAACAAACCACCACGAGGCCUCUAAACCAGACUUGUAACACCAGCGUUACAGCUGGGGCUGGGACUGAUGGUUCUGACAGCAGUGUCCAGCUCCACAUUUAAUUUCACCAAGGGACAGGCAGAGACCCUCUAAUAUGGAGGCUCUUAAACUUUUGGGAGCUUACAAACCCCCCUUGUAAGUAUAUUCUUUAAAGCUAUGGGCCCUCUCCUCAGAUAUACACACAACACUACAUACACCUUCAAGGGUCAUCGUGGUCCACGCACCCCAGGUUAAGAAGCUGUGCUGUAAUGCCUGGGGACCGAGCUGCACAGCAGGGAGGCUCCCGUGGCCCUUGUGGAAAGCUUCUGCUUUCGACAGUAAGUCUCAGCUGUACAUUUACUUAGUGAAACCACGUUUGCACACUUUUGAAUGAACUGUCGUCCCCUUUGAGUAACUGACAUCAUUUCCUAGAGUCAGACUGAAAAAGUCAACUAAAAGAGCCGGUGGGGUGGGAGCAGUAGCUUGAAGUGAUCAGGCAGCUGGCAUGGACUGCUAUUCUCUCUCUGGCCACCAGAAGUGAUCUUAUUCCAAACCCAAGUCAUUGUCUCUGUGCAGCCAGCCUCACUGGAAUGUGGGGAGGGAGGGCAUACACCUGACCUGUAAGAUGCUUUGUCCUACUUUGUAGUCGUCCUGGGAGAAUGCGAGAAACGUCCCAUUGUAUGGCGGGUCUGGUUGCAUGUUUGUGUUUCAUGUGUGGAAGCUUCCUUCCUGUUCUGAGUACCCUCUCCUUUCCAAAAAUGAGCUAAGGUGGGAUGGCAGGGCACCGUGGGCAUUGGCCCUGUGAGAACUGUUCAGCUCUUAGAAGUGGAUUGUUGCACAGCAUUUAAAAUGUGUCCGUGUUGGUUUCUUUUGCUUAUCUCCAGGAUAAAUCGAAGAUCUAGGAGGGUGGGAGCUUUUACCCAUUGCUAUAUCACAAGCUCCUGAAAAACAAUGGCUGGCGUGUAGUAGGCAUUCUGUAAAUAUUUGAAUAAAUGAACACACCGUUAUAAUAAAUCCUAGUUUGUGGGCAACUGUAAUUUGAUUUUAAAAGGCAAAUGGUCCUCUGCAAGGGAGGGGAGGCUCAUUUGGCCUCUUGGUGGAGAGAGGAGUAGUUCUGCAAAUGAAUAGGUUUCUGCAUGUAAGUAGUGACGAUUUUUAGCUUUUUAUUGUGGAGUAAGUUGUGAUCACUUUCCAAGUUCAAUACAAGUUCAGCGUUGCCUCGCAAUGAUUAAGGCAGUUGAAAUUAUAAAGGUCCUUGUCUCGGUAAUUUCCCAAAAUAACCUCUUGAAAAGGGAUGUUGAAAUGUGUAAUUGUGAGUAAUUGAGGUUUCAUCUGAUGGCACUGGGAUGAAAUGGCUCCUUCUGGGCAGUCAUUGGCAUUUUCGCCCUAUUUUUCACAAGUAAAGUGAAACCUUCGAAAAAGGUUGGCAAAGGUGAUAUUGUGUCAUUUGUGGAAUAUAAUAGAUAGUAAUCCGUGAUUGAUUUGUCCUGCCUGCUUUAGGUGAAAUGUAUUGUUUCUGGGUUCUCUUUUUAGCUGUAAAAAUACUUUGUCAGUUAAAGCAUGCGGUUUGAUUGGUCAUUGUUCUUCAAGUUCCUGAAAUUUAUAAAAGUUUCUUAUGCCUUGAGUGCCUCCCCCUGCCCCACCAGAAGAGGAAGAAAGAAUUCCACAAUGUCUGGGCUUCCCUGGUGGUGCAGUGGUUGAGAGUCCACCUGCCGAUGUAGGGGACACGGGUUUGUGCCCCUGUCCGCGAAGAUCCCACACGCCACGGAGCGGCUGGGCCCGUGAGCCAUGGCCGCUGAGCCUGCGCGUCCGGAGCCUGUGCUCCGCAACGGGAGAGGCCACAACAGUGAGAGGCCCGCGUACCGCAAAAAAAAAAAAAAAAGAAUUCCACAAUGUCACAAGCGUUUCCUACAAAAACUGAAGCCAUCUGCUCCUCUUUAACAAGUUGGCUCUUUUUAAAGCACCAGAAUGACAAUUUCAUGGUAUUCUAUAAUGUGGUGCUCUAGGCGUAAAUUCUUUCUAAUGACUGCAUUUCUUCAAAACUUCUAAAGAAAAAUAAGUAUGUUCUUUCUGCUAUGUCAUUUGGUAAGAAUGAUUGGUUUCUAUUCCACAGAGGUUGAAGGAUGGGAACAAAUUACGGUCUUAGAAAAUGACCUUUAAAAAAAACCAAGAACCUUGAAAGCUCUGCAUUUGGGUGGUUAUCACUGUUAUAUUUCAUAUUUCCACAUAAGUCAGCUGUCCACGUCCUAUAUUCUGAGCAUGCUGACUUCUGUGUAAGGAGAGUUGAAAGGCUGCAAAUCAAGGCUGCUGUGUCUAUACAUAAAAGUGAAACAGUGUUUUUGUUCUGCACUGUCCUGUCUACCUAAA